AGAAGAUGAAGUCUUAAUCCCUUGUUGACACUAUCGUUUGGAAAUAUGAUUAAUUGAUGGAAAAGGAUCAAUGGAUUUGAUUGAGAUUUUAUUUUAUAAAGCCAUAAAUCUUUCAAUGAUAGAAAUCAAUUUUUGAUGAUGAAAUGUAAGGAAAGGGAUUUUUUUAUUUAGAGAUUUUAGAGAUAAAGAAGAGAAUUUUCGAAAGGAGUGGGUUCCAGUGAUGGAAAAAGAAGAAAAGAAUUUGCGACGGUGGUGUAAACAAUGCCAUGUGUGUUACAAUUUUUUUCGAUUUUAGCGUGAUGAUAACAAUUAGAGAACUAGAAUAAUUUUGAGAGGAAAAAAAUAAGAAGUACAAUAGUGAUUAUUUUUCAAGAAGAAAAAUGGGAAAUACCGAGAGUAAUGUUGCAAGUGCUGUGAAAAAGCAGACAGAUACAUCAUCUAUUGUUCUUUACAAAUUAGUCGACUUAAAAGGUGGUGGAUUAUUGGUGGACAUGAUGAAACGAGCAUCACAAACGAAGCAAUUUGCAGAAUUAGAUCACACAUUACGAACGAAAGUCGAACCAUUUUUGUACAAUAAAGGAAAAGGCAAAUGGAUUCCCAUCGAUAAAUUAGUUAUGCUUCGAAAUAAGGAUCGUCCUAAACACAAAAUGCUGCCUGUUUUGAAAGCAAUGGAAAAUCCGGCCGAUUAUGAUGUAGACAAAGACAUGGGCGAUGAGGAUCCAGACGAGAAUACAAUAGAUAAAAGCAAGUACAGAUUAGUUUGUUGGAGUUUGAGUGAAAGAGGUGCAGUUGGCGAAACUAUUUUACAUUUAUGUAUGCUGCAUGCAACUGCAAUUCAUGCCGAUUUGGGAAAACGUCUCUUACGCUUUUAUCCUACUCUAAUAUGCGACAUUUAUCUUAGCGAUGAAUAUUACGGAGAAAAUGUUCUACACAUGGCGAUAGUUAAUGAAGAUCCAGCGACAGUGAAAUUUCUUCUCGACAGUGGUGCAGAUUUUCAUGAAAGAUGCUUUGGAAAUUUUAUGUGUCCCGAGGAUCAAAAAGCAUCGAGAUACGAUUGUUUAGAUCACGAAUGGGUUUCAGUGGCACCUGAAACCAAUUACGAAGGCUACGUUUAUUGGGGUGAAUAUCCAUUGAGUUUUGCCGCCUGUCUGGGCCAAGAGGAAUGUUAUCGAUUGAUGCUAGCAAGAGGAGCUGAUCCUGACAAACAGGAUACAAAUGGAAAUACCGUUCUUCAUAUGCUUCUUAUUUAUCAAAAGAUGACGACUUUUGAUAUGGCGUAUGAAGUGGGAGCUUCACUAUCUGUACGCAAUAAUCAACAUUUAACGCCAUUGACAUUAGCUGCAAAAUUAGCGAGAAUCGAAAUGUUCUUCCACAUUCUAAACAUCGAGAGAGAAAUCUAUUGGCAAAUUGGCAGCAUCACGUGUGCUGCUUAUCCUCUUUCACAAAUUGACACCAUCGAUACAACCACGGGGAAAAUUAGCAAAAAUUCCGCCUUAAAUCUCGUCGUUUUUGGUGACAAAGACGAGCAUCUCGAAUUGAUGGAUGGCGUUCUGGUUGAUCUUCUAAACGCGAAAUGGAAUACUUUUGUAAAAUCCAGAUUUUAUCGACAGUUCUUUUUGUUCUUUUUCUACUUUAUUAUUUCACUCAUUGGACUCACCCUUCGUCCUGGACCAUUGUCGAAGGAUAAUCAAAAUUCAGAAAAUACAAGUUCACCAACGUCAAAUCCCAAUGCGACGGAUCAUACGGCAACAACGAUUUUAAUUGAAUCAUGGGGCGCAUCUCAAUUAUCAUCGAUAAUAACAAAAAAUUUAGCCGAACAUUUAUUGUUCAAUGUAAAUUCAACUUUUAAUGUUACGCCGACGUCAAUGGAAAAAGUAACACAUCAAAUAACAUCCGACAUCACUGCCAAUCUUAUGAAUGUUUUGCGAAGUUGACGACACGAUUUCGCAUUGGAGGGGACAAUUUCGACAUUCUUAAAAAAUCGUGAAAAUUUCCCUCUCGAUGGCAAUAAGAAUUUUACGACACCAAAUUAUUUUUCUGACACGACCUCAGGUGAUGAGGAAUUGAAUAUCACAGAAUUGUGUUCAAAUGAGGGUUGUCAUCGAGACGAGGACGACUGGUGGGAUGAUCUUGCGGAGGAAUGUCGACUCAUGCAAAUGACAAGUACAGUGGCCAAAAUUCGUUUAACAGCUGAAAUUUGCAUGGAAAUUGGAGCAAUUCUUUAUAUUGUCGCUGCCCUCAGAGAAGCAAGAUUUCUUGGCCUCAAUAUGUUUAUUGAAAAUCUCAUGACCGCACCGUCUCGAGUGAUGUUUCUAUUUUCCUGCUGCAUUUUAUUGACAUUUCCAUUUUUGAGAAUCGCCUGUGAAGACGAAGUCGAAGACAUGCUCGCGGUUGUCGUCAUGUUAACGACAGCUCCUUAUUUUCUCUUCUUUUGCCGAGGAUUCAAAACUGUCGGACCUUUCGUAGUAAUGAUUUAUCGAAUGAUCAUGGGAGAUUUACUACGAUUUGUUUCAAUUUAUCUUGUCUUCGUGAUGGGAUUUUCUCAAGCUUAUUAUAUAAUAUUUUUGUCUUUUGAUAAUCCAAAUACACCAGAAGGUGUUGACGAUUCAGUUUCAAAUCCAAUGCCAUCGCCAAUGGAAAGUAUAAUGGCAAUGUUUCUAAUGAGUAUGACAAAUUUUGGCGAUUAUUACGUUGCAUUUGAAAGAACAGCGCAUGAUUUAGAAGCAAAGAUGCUGUUUGUUUUAUACAUGGGGAUUGUUGCAAUAUUAUUGGUUAACAUGUUGAUUGCCAUGAUGGGAAAUACUUAUCAAAAAAUUGCAGAAACCAGAAAUGAAUGGCAAAGACAGUGGGCGAGAAUAGUGUUGGUAGUCGAGAGAGGAGUCAGUCCCGCAGAGAGAUUAAAAAAAUUAAUGGAUUAUUCAGAACCAAUGUCCGAUGGACGAAGAGCAUUAGUUUUAAGGCUUCAUCAGUCUGAAUCGGAUAAACAAGAAAUGAAAGAAAUUCUCGAAAUGAAAAGAACACAUGACAAAUUGGUGAAAAAGAAACAAGAGAAACUUCAAAGUUUAGAAAAAGAAAAAUUCAGAUCAAAUUCCACAACAAUGAAAAUGAACAAUGAAUGAAAAAUAUGGUAAUUUUUUUCAAGAACCAAUAAAAAUUUAUUUCUCAAACUUGUAAAACUGCCCUCAAGCAAUUAUUUUAUUUAAAAGACUAAAUAAAAGAAAAAAUUGUAAAUUCUUCUAAAACUUUGAAAAAAUAGAUUUUAAUUAAAAAUAUAAAAAAAGACAAUGAGAAUUUUGUUGUGUGUGUUAAUUUUAUAAUUAUAGAAAAGGGGAGAAAUAUAUUCAUUGUGUCGAUACUUUAUCAACUUUGCCGACUUUCCUAAUGAUUUAAUAACGUAUCAUUAUAAACACGCAAUCCAAGUUACUUACUAUCAUAUAAGAAAAACUUGAACAUAUGAUACAAUAAAAAAUGGGGUUAAUUUAGAGCGCGCGAUCUCAU